AUUUGCCGAUGACGUAGUAACUGUCAUUUAACAUGGCAGCGCUCAUGUACAACGUGAGCCGUGGAUGUAUCAUUUUAAGGGAACAUUGUUUAUUUUUAAGAGGAUAUAACCAAACCUUUGUGGAUUCGAGAAGGUAUGCCCGAGCUCUUCGCCGGAGACCCGUGGCUGUUCUAUAUCCAAAUGGCGAGCGAGAAACACGAAUUAAGUCAAAUGAACCAGCUAAUAUUAAAAGCAAUCACGAGAAGCUCUUAAGAGACAGUGUUAUAAAGACUAACAAAAGUGUUGGUGGUAAAUACACUAAGGAGAAAAUCACAGAGGCAGCUGUCAACAAGAAGUAUAGUAGCCGUGUGUAUGUAGACGAGUCUGCGCACACUACCAAAGACAAACUUGGUGGACUGCGCUUCGAAAAGGCCCCUGCAGGGGAUAACAGACUCGCGCAUGUGGCCAGUGUUGGACACUCCAGAGCGUUUCGUGAUAAGGAAGGUAAGGUGUUGCUGGAGGGGAGGCGUCUGAUCUGUGAUGCUCUUGCUGCUGGUGCAUCUCCUCAGAUGAUCUUCUUCAGUUCACUGGAGCGACUGCAGGAACUCCCUCUAGAUAAACUACAACAGGCCAAACUAAUCAAAGUCAAGUAUGAAGACAUGAAGACCUGGUCUGACCUGGUCACUCCACAAGGUGUUAUUGCCAUAUUUUCAAAACCUGAUGCCUCUCGUCUGGCAUUUCCAAAGGAUUCAAGACUUCAGUCGGUUCCGUUGUACCUAAUAUGUGACAAUAUGCGGGACGCUGGGAACAUUGGGACAAUCUUACGGUGUGCCGCAGCUGCAGGCUGUGACCGGGUUCUCCUUACCAAAGGUUGUGUGGAUGCUUGGGAACCAAAGGUUCUACGUGCAGCAAUGGGAGCUCAUUUUCGCCUCCCGGUCUUUUCUAAUUUAGAUUGGGAUGACAUUUCCAACCACUUGUCCACGGAUGUGACCGUUCACGUAGCAGAUAACUAUAACCCUGCAUUUGCGGCAAAACCAAAACCAGAAAAUGGCAGCUCAGAUGAAUACACUGAAAGCGACUCUGAUGAGGAAUCAGAUGAUGAACUUUUACUGCCAUGUGUGAAGCAUAAGAUGUACUAUGAGGGGUGGGCUCAGAAAAACUCAGCACUAGUGAUUGGUGGAGAAACGCACGGAUUGAGUAUGGAGGCACUACGAUUGGCUGAGAAAACUGGGGGUAGAAGACUCUUUGUGCCAAUGGCUGCAGGAGUACAGAGUCUGAACUCUGCAAUGGCUGCUAGUAUACUGCUGUUUGAAGGCAGAAGGCAACUUCUGUUGUUAGAAAAUAGAAAAGAAAGAUCACAGAAAAGAUCUAAAUUAUACUAAGGCCUGGUUUUUACAGACGAGGCUUGGCUAAAGCCAGGACUAGGCCUUAGUUAAAUUAAGAUUGAAGCACCUUUCAUAAACAUGCCCUAGAAAAAUACAUUACUGAUGCACUGAAAGAAAUUAUAUUCAAUGUACUAUUUUUUUUUUUUUUAAGGUAAGUUGUUGCAAUCAAUUUAUUAAAGCGACAUUUUAACAAACGUUUUUAUUUUAUUUUUCUAAUUUUUUUGUUUAAAUAAAUGUAUUGCAACCACUAACCUUAAAACAUUUAGUAAAUUGAAUGAAUCAUUUUUUUCAGUGUGUGUAUCUUGAGACAAAUGAAUGGCACUGGCUUAUUUUUGUUUCCAACAUGUGUCUUAGUAUAGGACUAGCCUUAAAUCUUGUCUGUGAAACCAGGGGUAUGUGUUUUUUUGUUUAAUAAAAUGUAUGAAAGACAUCAAUAAUACUGCCCAGUGUUCUUAUCAUGAUCAUUUUGCACCACACCAUUGGGGAAAA